CUCGACAGUCCCGCAGUCGCAAGUGUAUUACCCCAAAGAGAGAGAGAGAGUUAAAAAGAGGAGAGAGAAACAUGCGCUCGCACAUCAAAAUAUUUGGCCUGCUGAUUAUUUGCCUUACAUUGUCACUGCCUAAGCACACAUUUGGCCAAUUCUGGAAACUGAGUCAAUAUGAGAUCUGGAAGCGUGAGAUGCUGGCGAGCCGUGAGUCGGGCAUCUGCUACAAGACCCAACUUGCUAAUACUUUGAAUCCGGAACUGAGGCAACGUCAGAUCUCAUAUUGCUGCGAUGGCUAUGUGAAUCGCGGCAGUUCCGAAAUUCUGAAAUGUGAGCCCAUCUGUGCGGAGGAUUGCAGUCAUGGUAUAUGCCUCUCGCCGGGAUACUGUGAAUGUGCACCAGGAUAUAAUAGAGAACGGGCCCAGUGUCGCAAACAUGGGGAUUAAAGCUGGAAAGGAAACCUAAAUAAAUGUCUACUAUUAAACCAA